GGCAGAGGUGGUCCAGAGUUAGAAAUGUUUACUCAAGUUAAUAAGGCCUCCCUAUAAAUGCCAACACUGGAGUCAAUGGAGCACGCAUUCCUGCACACAAGACUUGAGAGCUUGGCUACACACCCACAUCAGGUAUACACACAUGCACUCACGGCCAGGGAAAAAAAGGUUGACACCACCAGUGUUAGUCACUGAAGGUAGUGAUGUGGUGGUGCGUACCUGGAGACUGUCAUCCUGCUGUCGUCUCUGACAUCUUUUUCUUCAAGGAUUCUGAGAAGACGUCACAUAUCCAGAAAGACUUCUAAAAACACAAGACAGCCAAACCGAAUACUAUUUACUGAAGGUCCAAGACAGAGGAGGAAACAAAAGUUUUUUUAUUUCCUGACUGCAUCAGUGGGCUUUAACAGAAACGAAUAAAAAGUGCUACUGGUCCCUCCUCGAACAUCUGCUGUAUCAGCACAGGAGGCCAUGGCUAGCCCAGUACGAGUCCACCCAGAUGCUGCCUUGCACCAGUCAGCCCACUCUGCCUUAAGUUUCUCUGAGAACUCUUUGGCUGUUCUAAAAACAGAAGAUGGAGCAGUGGAGACUCUGGAACUGGUGGACAAUAAGCCACGGCUGGACAGUACUGAUCGUACUCUUCCGGGACUCUACCUGUCCUGUUUUGACAUGCUGUUCACUGAGGAUGCCACCUGGCUGGUAAGGGUUGCAGACUCUUCUGCAUCCGUUGCUAGUGGACCUAAUCCAGAACCGUGUCCAGAGCCAGAGCAAUGCCCUGUGAUUGAUAGUCCUGGGCUGGGGAGUGAGCCACUGUCUCCUGGCCUUGAAGACCAGGUGGAGGAGAGAUCUCUAGAGCAAGUACAGAGCCUUGUGGUUGGAGAAGUGCUGAAGGACAUUGAGACAGCCUGCAAGCUGCUGAACAUCACACCAGAUCCGGUGGAGUGGAGCUGCGGAAAUGUUCAGAAGUGGCUGUUGUGGACAGAGCAUCUGUAUCGUCUCCCUCAGGUGGGCAAAGCAUUUCAGGACCUGGACGGAAAAGACUUGUGCGCCAUGACCGAGGAAGACUUUCGACAGCGUUGUUCACAAUGUGGUGACACGCUAUAUGCUCAUCUAGAUAUAUGGAAAUCAGCUGCCUGGAUGAAAGAGAGAUGUUCAAUAGGAGAGAGCAGGCUCAUGGAGAGAGAGGAGUUGUGGUCGGAGGCAGACUCAUCUUGCUCCGGUCAGCCCAUCCAUUUGUGGCAGUUCCUCAGAGAGCUCUUACUUAAACCACACAACUACGGACGCUGCAUUCGCUGGCUCAAUAAAGAAAAAGGUAUUUUCAAAAUUGAAGAUUCUGCUCACGUAGCAAGACUCUGGGGUCUGAGGAAGAAUCGGCCAGCGAUGAACUAUGACAAGCUUAGCCGCUCCAUCAGGCAGUACUACAAGAAGGGAAUCAUCCGCAAACCAGAUGUGUCUCAGAGACUGGUCUAUCAGUUUGUCCACCCAGUAUGAGUCCAGCAAUCUGACCAGCAGAGACAAGAUGACAGAUUGUUUGCUAUGCACUGACAAACUGCCUAAAAGCUAGAGUCUAUGCACUCUAGUACUUUUCUGUGUUUGAUUCUGUGAUAAUGUAUUGUUCUGUGUCUGGACUCUGUGAUAAUAUUAUUUCAAAAAUUGGCUUAAAUUAUGUGCAGAUCAUUUGGUCACUUUUACAUGAAGACAUUUUGGGAUCUGGUUGUAAUCUCAAUAAAGCAUUUUAUAUAAGA